AUGUAUUUUGGAUCUGAUAUGUUCUAUGAUGAAUUUAUGGAAAUAAAGAGAGUGCUGUUAUUGCAAGAUAGCAGAAUUAGAAAAGCACUUGAUCGUCUAAUUGGUGAAAAGAAAGAGAUUUUUAGGUUCAAAGGGUUGUUUGAAUUAGAUCAUCUUAGACUACUUGCUGACUCACAAGUUAACUUGGUAAGUCUUCCGCGUCUAAAAAAGCUGCAUGGGAGUAGAUAUAGGAUUUGCCCUAGGAUGGCGCUAUAUGGCGCCAUCCUAGGGCAAGCGAAAAUUGGCUCCACACGGGAACCGUAUUCCACGUGUGGAGCCAUUUUUCCACGUGUGGAAUCCACAUUUUCCCACGUGGAAAAAUGGCUCCACACGUGGAACACAAUUCCCGUGUGGAGCCGUGUCUCCAAUUGCCCGAGGAUGGCGCUGUUUGUCCUUAAUUUGCCCACUGGGGAAAUUUUUUGGUUCGACCAGCACCAUAUGGUUUGGUCAAACCAAAAAUUUUCCUCAUGGGCAAAUCAAGGGCAAACAGCGCCAUCUAUGGGAAAUUUCUAUAUCCUUAA